GCUGAAUUUGACCCAACCUACCCUGCUAGCACCCCUUAUCCUUACAGCUCGUGGAGACAGCGCUGCCUGCAGCCGACUUACCCAGCUAGGUGUUCUAGGGGCGCUCACAGCAGUGGAGACCGCGGACCCAGCCCUCACAACUGCUGUCACAUGACGCGGCCUUGGCUCUCCGCUCUUCGACCGAGUGCCGUCAGCUCUUCUAUCUUUUGUAAUCGUAACAACUCCGACAUUACCUACUCUACCUCUAUCCAUUCAAGCCCCACAACUCGCGAAUUGCCGAACAUCUACGCAGGCCAGUGCCCUUUCACCUAAGCGAAAUUUUCAACUUAAGCCAACUUAGCACGAUCAACACCAUGUGCAAGUACACAAUGCAAAAGAUCAAGCCAGGAGGGUGCAAGGCAGUACCUCCACAUGUGUACACGGAAAAGCAAAUUACGGAUUAUUGUGACAAGGCACCGGCGAAGAACAAUAUACCCUGCGACAAUCAAGUAGAGAAUACGGCAACGCAUAUAACCAUCACUGCGGCUGGUCAAGGAUGUAGCGAGUGUGGAACAUGAUUAGUAGUCCUGGGGAUACACACAGACAGCGCUCCUUACACUGAAGGAUUUGUCAGCUAUGACACUCAUUACCUAGCAAAUAUAUUCCCGGAU